AUGUCCACGACGUGCACGUCUCUCCGCGCAGCGCUCUAUGUCUACACCGGCGCCGAGGUUGUUCUUGCGCGCACGGCGGCCGUUCUGGCUCUCGUUCCGCCGGCCGGCCUUCCGCCACUGGAGCCCGCCGCGUCCAUUGCUGCUGCCGCCGAUGUGGUGUAUGACGAGCCUGGCGCACCGAUGUGCGCCAUCCAUGGCCCAUGGCCUGGCGCAAGGCCGGACGAGGAUGCCUGUUGCGGCGCCAGCUGCUUCCGCUUGAACGGCAUCGCCACCGUCGCUGCCGCCACCCUGACCGCUAGCAGUUUUGAGGCCGGCUACAUGGCCCGUGGGCAGCCGGUCCUUCUUGACGGCGGCGACGAGUGGUUUGCACAGGCGCGGCCGGUGCUGACCGAGCUGGGCGCACUCGGGCGGCUGCCUGGCGCUGAGAGCGAAACAGUGUGCGUGGCGAGCUGCGCCCAUCGCGAGUUCACCGACCAACGCCGUGACGAGAUGACGCUCGCGGCGUAUGCCGAGGAGCUGGAGCAGGUGGACGAUGCCGAGAUGGCUGCUGCCGCGGCGGCGGCGGAGGCAGGAGACGCCUGGGCUGCCUUUGAUGCCCUUCCGGAGCCGCUACCGGAUGUGCGGUACCUCAAGGACUUUCACUACCAAGAGGCCGCUGCCCGGCGCGCCGGAUGGCCGUCUGCGCUCUACUCUCAUCCGCCUCAUUUUGCCACUGACUGGCUCGGUGCAGGAUGUGCUGCCGAAGCGCUGCCGUCUGACUACUCGUUUGUCUAUGUAGGGCCGUCGGGAUCGUGGACCCCGUUCCACACCGAUGUCUACCGCUCGUUCUCGUGGUCGGCUAACGUGAGCGGGACCAAGCUGUGGAUUCUUGUGCCGCCUGCGGCCGCACCGCGCCUCCGCGAAGGCAUCGGCUCGUCCAACACACUUGUUUACGAUCUCCGCGCCGCGCUGGCCGCCGAUCCCGACCUGCCCGCAGUUGCUCUUGUCCAGCGAAGCGGUCAGGCCCUGUUUGUGCCCUCGGGCUGGGCCCACCAGGUCUUCAACCUCACUCGUGUUGCUUCUGUCAACUGCAACUGGUUCAACCAUGCCAAUGUGGCCGACAUUGUCCUCUCGCUCGCCCGCGAUGCCGUCCUUGUCGCGGCGCAGCUCGCCGAUCUCGCUCCCGAUCUCGCCGCCGACGAGUGGCGCGCCCUUGCCGAGCAGCUCCUGCUCGCCCACGCUGGCCUCAACUGGGCCACGUUCCGCGCCAUCCUCGACGCUGUCAUCCCGCGCUCGCUACCCGAGCGCAUCAUCCUUGCUCGCAUCCGCCACUACAUUCAUUUCCCGUGA